AUGAAGCGCAUGAUCGAGGCAUCGCAAACGGAUCCGAUAUGGGUCCCUAGCCCUGGAGCGACGGAGUUCUCUCGCUUUAGGUUGUUUGUGAAUGAUGCCGAUGCCGACAACCCAAUGCAAAGCGAAGAGUGCGGCCACAUUGGCAGCAAUGGCAAUUAUGACUGCCGCAGGUGUAGGCGGGGUGGUUCUGAGGCUUUCCGUGUUACAGAUGAAGGGUACCAUCGCCUCUUUGAGGCACAAGAACCACGAAGCGCAAAGGAAACACUCUCUGAAGUUAAGGCACAGGUUCAGCUCGCAUGCCAUGGUGUCGCGAAGCACGUGUCCACCCGGCAGACUGAUACAGGUGUAAAAGAUUCAUAUACACAGCAUUGGAUCGACAUGCUUUUGAAGCGUGCGAGGGAACUGAAGGCUGCAAACCGUAGCCGCAGCAAAGAAGAUAUUGCAAAAGAAUUAAUGGAAUGGGUGAUACAGAACGGCGAUAAUAUAUACAAUCCAUUCUUACAAGUACCAGGUUUCGAUCCCAGCCGUGACACCCCGAUCGAAGUUUUACACACAAUCCUCCUUGGGGUGGUUAAGUACGGAUGGCAUAUGACCCAUACAUCACUCUCAGAAGAGCAGCAAUCAAUAUUUUUCCUGCGGCUGCAAUCGAGUUCUAUUGACGGUCUGACAAUUCCUCCGAUACGAGCAAGCUACCUUUGGCAGUACCGCAACUCAUUAAUCGGGAAACAGUUCAAAGAGAUCCUGCAGACGGCAGUCUUCCACCUGUACGAACUUGUGGACUCAAACAAGUUCGAUCUCUGGAAGGCCACUGGUUCACUAUGUGCACUUCUCUGGUUCCCUGAGAUCCCGAACUUCGAAGAGUAUAUCGCAGACGUCAAGGUGGCAGCGGCAAAUGUGCUUGACAUCUUUGCCAAGAUCAAUCCGUCGAAGAUUUCAACAAAGAUCAAGCUACACCUACUCGACCACCUCCCCGAGGAUAUCCGCCGCUUUGGGCCAAUAAUUGGGAGGUCCACGGAGCUGUUUGAGUGCUUCAAUGCGAUAUUUCGUUUCUGUGCUAUCCUUUCAAACAGGAUCUCUCCAAGCCAUGACAUUGCAAUACAACUUGCUGAUCAAGAAGCCUUCAAGCAGCGAAUCACAGGGGUUAUGUGGUAG